CCGGAUCCGGGCAAGCGGGCAUAGGUUCCGGAAGGCAUGCGUCCAAAACUGAGAGGAUCCUGUUCCGGCAGCAUAAAUCUGAAUUAUAGGACUUGUCGUAUUGCUAAACAAGCAACAACCUUAGUGGUUUCCCCAUCCACAUUUACUCAGAGUCAAGUUUGGUUUCCCCAUGUGUGGAAGCCUGAUGAAUAUGAAUAGGCUAUUCACACAAACCCACGUUUUUAAGAUAGGGCGGUUCCAUAAACCAGCAGGCGAAGUUUAUUAUUUCCCCGUUGCUUUUAUUCAACAUACCAUUCGGUACGUAUUGGCUGAGAACCGUAAUCCAAUCGCUUGCGAGCAAGGGCGGGGAGAUGAAGGAAACCAAGAGGCGGGGCCAGAGUAAAGUUUUCCAGUACCACGGACAGGGCUAGACUGCAGGGAAUCAAGGCUGGGAGGAGAGGGGCUGUCAACAACCGCGACAAAUCGUCUUGACGACUUCAUUUCACCUGAUUCCACUCUCGUUUACCUGUUCCUCUUCUUGGUUCGCACGAUGGUUGACUUUAUUUUCGCGUUUUGAUGCCAAGAGAGUGGAAGCGAGCUGCAUUGUCUCUCUGCGUAGAUCUGCCUCACUCUCCAUUCUGCCAAAAACAGUGCGAUUUUUGUUUGAAGCAUUGUUUAGGUAGUAUAUUGGUAACUGUUUGAUCAUUUAGCUGGUUAUCUGUAUAGUUAGUCGCUCAUAAUUGUUGCAGUUAAUUGAUUUACAUUUUUCAGUUUGUCUUAUGCCGUUAUGCUUUAUUGUAAUGCGGUUUUAGCAGGCUAAAGAAACAUGAAGUUUCUUAGGUGAAAUCCUUACUGUGGCAUACUCUGGUGCGCAAUAGACCUCCAUUAGCAAUUGGCUAGUCUCUUUUACCAAUAAGCAUCCCCAUCAAACCAAGAUAAACAAUUUUGUGGACGGAAGCCUAAGUGCACGAUGAGGUCCCUCCAGGACUUUUUGAAUUGCACUUAAAAAGGAGAGCGAAGGAGAGAGAGAGAGAGAGAGAGAGGCUACAGGAAGCGACGCCUGCCAACCCUCAAAAACACCAAACAUACUCGCCUCAUCUUAGCCUUUGAAAAGAAUUACAACUCUUGAUCAGGUUGCUAGAAUAUUUUGAUAUAGACGUUCUUAUUUCUCAGUAAACUAAAGGAAGAUGAAGAAGUUUCGGAAGGUACUGGAUGGCCUGUCUUCCUCCUCUCAGGGGGCUGUCGCGUCCCCGUCAUGCAGCAGAGCAGCCGGUACCCCGCCCACUCCACAGGAUAUCCAUGUCCAGGAGACGCUACUCUCGGAAAACUUUCACAUAUGCAAGACGGUACGCCAUGGCUUCCCCUACCAGCCCACCUGCCUGGCAUUCGACCCCGUCCAGAAGAUCCUAGCCAUCGGCUCCAGAACAGGAGGCAUACGGAUACUGGGCCGGCCUGGUGUGGACUGCUACAGCCAGCAUGAGAGUGGAGCCGCUGUUCUCCAGCUACAGUUCCUCAUCAAUGAGGGAGCUCUGGUCACAGCAUGUGCAGAUGACACACUGCACCUGUGGAACCUUCGCCAGAGACGCCCAGCCAUCCUGCACUCGCUCAAAUUCAACAGGGAGAGGAUCACGUUUUGCCACAUCCCCUUCCAGAGUAAAUGGCUGUACGUGGGCACAGAGCGUGGCAACACGCACAUCGUCAACAUCGAGUCCUUCGUUCUGUCUGGAUACGUCAUCAUGUGGAACAAGGCCAUAGAGUUAGCAACUAAAGCCCAUCCAGGACCCGUAGUCCAUCUGAGUGACAGCCCGAAGGAUGAAUGCAAGUUGCUGAUAGGGUUUGAAAGUGGAACAGUAGUACAGUGGGACCUCCGGGCCAAGAAGGUUGACUUCAGAAUCUACUAUGAUGAAGCUAUCCAUUCUGUGAGCUGGCACCAUGAAGGGAACCAGUUCAUGUGUAGCCACUCAGACGGCAGCUUGACUAUGUGGAACCUGAGGAACACAGCCAGGCCUAUUCAGAUCACAUAUCCUCAUGGGAAGAUACUGAAGGAAGGGAGGAAGGAGUCGUGUAAGCCCAUCCUCAAGGUGGAAUACAAGACCUCCAGAAACAGCAACGAGCCCUAUGUCAUCUUCUCUGGGGGUCUGUCAUACGACAAGGCUGGGGGACGGAGGCCCACCCUGACCAUCAUGCAUGGCAAGGCCAUCACGGUGCUGGAGAUGGACCACCCUAUCGUAGAGUUCCUGGUGCUCUGUGACACCCCAUACUGCAACAAGAUCCAGGAUCCGUAUGCGGUGGUGCUGCUUCUAGAAAAGGACUUUAUCAUGGUUGAUCUGACACAGAGCAAUUUCCCCAUCUUUGAGACCCCAUACCCCAUGGACAUCCACGAGUCUCCUGUCACCUGUACAGCCUACUUCGCCGAGUGCCCCCCGGAUAUCAUCCCAGUCCUCUACUCCGUAGGAGCCAAGCAGAAGAAGACCGGCUACAGCCACAAGGAGUGGCCAGUGAGUGGCGGUACGUGGACAUUAGGCUCACAGACCUACCCAGAGGUUAUCGUCACAGGACACGCAGAUGGAACCGUAAAGUUUUGGGACGCAUCUGCUAUUACACUGCAGAUGCUGUACAAGCUGAAGACGUCUAAGGUGUUUGAGAACCCCAAUGCGGGUGAAGGCCGGGCGGUCGAGCAGGUAGAGGAGGACCCUUACGCCAUUCAGAUGGUCCGCUGGUGCCCGCAGAGCCGUCUCUUCUGUGUGGUGGGCAUCUCUGCCCACGUCAUCCUCUACCGCUUCAGCAAACACGACGCCAACGCAGAGAUAGUGUCUCUAGAAGUGCGUCUGCAGUUUGAUUCAGAGGACAUCAUCUCCCUGUCAGAGACAGACCAGUGUUUCUCAGACCCCAGUUCCCACUCCCCCCAGAUGCCCGGUAGCCCCAGCAACGGAUCACAAGACAGCCUCCACUACCGCAAGGUGAAGAGUCGUCCAGUGCGCAUGCCCCCGGGGUACCAGGCUGAGUUGGUGAUGCAGCUGCAAUGGGUGGAUAGAGAGCCCCCCCAGCAGAUCACCAGCCUGGAUAUCAACUCUGCCUAUGGCCUUCUAGCGUUUGGGAGCUGCAAUGGUCUAGUGGUGGUGGACUACAUUCAGAAGACCAUCCUGAUGUGUGUGAGCACGUUGGACCUGUACGGAGCUGCUGACCCCUACCAACGCCUCACACGCUCCCCACGCAAAAACAGACAGUCCACCUCAGGCCUAACGGAACUGUCCGACAACCAGGUGUCCAUGGACAUGGAGAGAAGCAAGUCACCCACCUCAGAUCAUGUCAAUGGACAUUGCACUAGCCCCACCUCUCAGCCAUGCUCCUUGGGGAAGUCUCGCCUUCCAGGGGCUCCUGAGGGCCCGCGGCUCCCCCGGAGAGGCCCCGGCCGACCACCCUUCCGCAAGGCCCAGUCUGCCGCUUGCAUGGAGAUCUCUUUGCCAGUUUCCUCCCUCACGGAAGAAAGCAGGGAGAAUUCGUUCAGCUUCUCGCGGAGCUCCAGUGUGUCAAGUAUCGGCCGCGACACCAAGGAAGCGGUGACCACGCUGCAGUUCGGAGAGUCCUACGGUCGUAAAGGUGACUCCGUGCCCACCGCCUGCCUGUGGGUGGGCACCAGCCUGGGCGUGGUCCUCCUACUGCCCAUAUCCAUCCCCACAGAGAAGGAGAGGCUGGAGGAGCCUGUCACCAUGGGGCCCAGCGGUACCGUCCUGAUGCUGAAGGGCUCAGUGCUAAGCUUUUCCUUCCUGGACUGUGGGGGCACUCUUAUCCAGAGUCCCUACGAGGUUUGGCGGGAACCCAACGUCCCCGAGGACCCCGACGAGCCCCGCAGGCGCAAGCUGGUCAACUUAUCCCCGCUGUCUUCCCAGGAGGCAUGUGGGGACGGUCACCUGGCCGUGGUGUGUUCUGAGAAACAGGCCAAGGUCAUCCUCAUGCCUACCCAGGCCGUCCUGUUCACACACAACGUCACAGAGUCGUCCUUCCUCCUGCGUGCCGACGUCGUCUCCGUCUGCAACAGCGUCUGCCUGGCCUGCUUCUGCGCCAAUGGACACGUCAUGACCCUCAGUUUGCCCAGUCUUAGACUCCUGAUGGAUACUAACUACUUUCCCCUGACGGACAUGCGUAUCGCCCGUACCUUCGUCUUCACCAACGGCGGUCAGGCUCUGUACCUGAGCUCUCCUACAGAGAUACAACGCAUCGCAUACAGCCAAGAGAUGACGGACAACCUGCAGGACAUGCUGGGGGAGCUGUUCACUCCAAUAGAAACACCAGAGGCCCAGAACCAAGGAUUCCUCAAGGGAUUCUUCGGGGGCAACGCCCAGACCUUCGACAGAGAAGAGCUGUUUGGGGAGGCAGCAGCGGGAAAGGCCUCUCGGAGCCUGGCCCAGCACAUCCCUGGUCCAAUGGGAUUGGAGAACGUGAGGGCUGCAGCCGGCGGGGUGGUGGGGGACCUGGCCCGAGCCCGCAUCGCCUUGGAGCAGAGAGGAGAGAGACUGGGAGAGCUGGAGGAACGCACCACCCUCAUGAUGAAAAGUGCAGAGACGUUCUCAACACACGCCCACCAGGUAAUGCUGAAACAUAAGGACAAGAAAUGGUAUCAACUUUAAAGUAGGACAGCAGGCCACGACUGCUGGUGCUUUGUUGGGACAUGGACCAUCACUCUACAGCUGAGAGAGAGACAGAGAGAGGGAGAGAGAGAAAGAGAGAGAGACAGCGAGAGAGAGAAAUUACUUUGUAUUUAUGGGCCUCUCUGUAGGACGUCUGUACAUCAUUGUCACAAGACUUGGACAGAGGGCAGAGGUCACUGAGAUGGACACAGACCAGGAAGUAAGUUGGUAAGACAGGGGAACCCAGGAAGUGGAUGAUGACAGUUCAUCAGUGUGUGUGUGUGUGGGUGGGUUACCCAGAUCUUGCUGUGUAGAUACUCUUAACGUUAUGAAACCAACAAGACUGAAUUAAACAAAAUGGAUGACUACUGAUAACAAACAACUGCCAUAUCAUAAGGCAGCAUGCUACUGUAAGAAAUAAUAAAUAUAAAAUGUAUUGAACAAUAUAAUAUAAACAAAAGAAAGUGUGAUUUCAAAAAUAAUAAUACUUUUUGAAAUAUUAAAAAUAUAUAUAUAUAUAAACAUGAAAAUGUAUACCUGUAUUGCUAUAAAGCCAAAAGUUUUUUAUGUUGUCUUCUUUAUAUAUAUAUAUAUUAUUCUUUAUCUCUUUAGGUUUUCUGAACACAUAUCGUUGCUGUAUCAACACUUUAUUUCCCCAAUAUUGUACUCGUGAUGAUAUUUGUGUGCCGUCAGAUCUCCUGGGUCUAAACAGUGAGAGAAACAAGACACGAGUCUUUCAAAACGUAUCACUACACACAUUGAGAGACGUAUCACUACACACAUUGAGAGACGUAUCACUACACACAUUGAGAGACGUAUCACUACACACAUUGAGAGACGUAUCACUACACACAUUGAGAGACGUAUCACUACACACAUUGAGAGACGUAUCACUACACACAUUGAGAGACGUAUCACUACACACAUUGAGAGACGUAUCACUACACACAUUAGGAGACGUAUCACUACACACAUUGAGAGACGUAUCACUACACACAUUGAGAGACGUAUCACUACACACAUUGAGAGACGUAUCACUACACACAUUGAGAGACGUAUCACUACACACAUUGAGAGACGUAUCACUACACACAUUGAGAGACGUAUCACUACACACAUUGAGAGACGUAUCACUACACACAUUGAGAGACGUAUCACUACACACAUUAGGAGACGUAUCACUACACACAUUGAGAGACGUAUCACUACACACAUUGAGAGACGUAUCACUACACACAUUGAGAGACGUAUCACUACACACAUUCUGAACCACUACAUUUCACCAACAUUCAUUUCAUUCUGUUUGGAUGUUGCUACUGACUUGACCUGUUAGCUAAAUAUAUAUAUAUACAUUUCAGCCACAUGAUGGGAAUAGAUGUGUAAUGUGUGAAUGGUAAUAAGUUGUGUUGGCUGUGCUGACAGUGGUGACAGUGGUGUGUGUUGGCUGAGGGGCCGUGGUGAUAGUGGUGUGUGUUGGCUGAGGGGCCGUGGUGAUAGUAGCCUGUGUUGGCUGAGGGGUCGUGGUGAUAGUGGUCUAUAUUGGCUGGGGGACCGUGGUGAUAGUGGUUUGUGUUGGCUGAGGGGCCCGUGGUGAUAGUGGUCUUUGUUGGCUGAGGGGCUGUGGUGAUAGUGGUGUGUGUUGGAUGAGGGGUCGUGGUGAUAGUGGUCUUUGUUGGCUGAGGGGCCGUGGUGAUAGUGGUGUGUGUUGGCUGAGGGACCGUGGUGAUAGUAGCCUGUGUUGGCUGAGAGGUCGUGGUGAUAGUGGUUUGUGUUGGCUGAGGGGCCCGUGGUUAUAGUGGUGUGUGUUGGCUGAGGGGCCGUGGUGAUAGUGGUUUGUGUUGGCCUGAGGGUCCCGUGGUGAUAGUGGUGUGUGUUGGCUGAGGGGCCGUGGUGAUAGUGGUCUAUAUUGGCUGAGGGACCGUGGUGAUAGUGGUUUGUGUUGGCUGAGGGGCCCGUGGUGAUAGUGGUCUUUGUUGGCUGUGGUGAUAGUGGUGUGUGUUGGCUGAGUGGCCUGUGGUGAUAGUGGUCUUUGUUGGCUGUGGUGAUAGUGGUGUGUGUUGGCUGAGGGGUUGUGGUGAUAGUGACCUUUGUUGGCUGAGGGGCCAUGGUGAUAGUGGUGUGUGUUGGUUGAGGGACCGUGGUGAUAGUGGUCUAUAUUGGCUGAGGGACCGUGGUGAUAGUGGUUUGUGUUGGCUGAGGGGCCCGUGGUGAUAGUGGUGUGUGUUGGCUGAGGGGCCGUGGUGGUAGUGGUGUGUGAUGGCUGAGGGGCCGUGGUGAUAGUGGUGUGUGUUGGCUGAGGGCCCGUGGUGAUAGUGGUGUGUGUUGGCUGAGGGGCCCGUGGUGAUAGUGGUGUGUGUUGGCUGAGGGCCCGUGGUGAUAGUGGUGUGUGUUGGCUGAGGGGCCCGUGGUGAUAGUGGUGUGUGUUGGCUGAGGGGCCGUGGUGGUAGUGGUGUGUGAUGGCUGAGGGGCCCGUGGUGAUAGUGGUGUGUGUUGGCUGAGGGGCCCGUGGUGAUAGUGGUGUGUGUUGGCUGAGGGCCCGUGGUGAUAGUGGUGUGUGUUGGCUGAGGGGCCCGUGGUGAUAGUGGUGUGUGUUGGCUGAGGGGCCCGUGGUGAUAGUGGUGUGUGUUGGCUGAGGGCCCGUGGUGAUAGUGGUGUGUGUUGGCUGAGGGGCCCGUGGUGAUAGUGGUGUGUGUUGGCUGAGGGACCGUGGUGAUAGUGGUGUGUGUUGCCUGAGGGCCCGUGGUGAUAGUGGUGUGUGUUGGCUGAGGGGCCCGUGGUGAUAGUGGUGUGUGUUGGCUGAGGGCCCGUGGUGAUAGUGGUGUGUGUUGGCUGAGGGCCCGUGGUGAUAGUGGUGUGUGUUGGCUGAGGGCCCGUGGUGAUAGUGGUGUGUGUUGGCUGAGGGCCCGUGGUGAUAGUGGUGUGUGUUGGCUGAGGGGCCCGUGGUGAUAGUGGUGUGUGUUGGCUGAGGGGCCCGUGGUGAUAGUAGCCUGUUAUUAAGUGUGUUUAUAUUUAUAAUAAAAAAAUAUUAUUCACGUGCCAUAUAAUCAAUACUGGCUAAGCCCUUUACUUUAAACUAGCAAAUAGUUAGUCUAUGUGGUAAUAAUGAUGUUUGCUGUAGAUGAGAUUGGGUGAGACCAGCUUUUCGGUCUGGUCAUUGAUAGGUCGUCUUUCGUUGUCCACUGAGUUUCCGGUUCUUUUGACAGAAUUCUGAUAUUCUUCUUUUUUUUUUCUCCCUGUAUUGUUCUGUUGGUGUUUUGUGUGGUUCUUCACUGGAAAUCUUCUGCCUGACUCUGUCAUAUCGUGUAUGAGUUUGUUGAGUCAUUGAGUGACUCACACACGCCCAUGUAAAGACAAAAAAAAAACGUACUCUUUCUUCUGCCUGAAAGCAACUCAACUUGAAUGAAGCCCACGGACGGAGGAGUGUAUCAUGAACAUGUUAUUGUGGAUGGCUGGGGAGUCCCUCAGGACUGGUACUCUUUUUUUAAUAAGAGUAAGCCUAGAUAGAAGACUUUGAGUUACAGUCUGGUCCAUUUAAACACUACCACCAAUCCAGAACAGAGGUAUCCUUCGUUUCGGUGCGUUUGUCUGCUGGAUCCAGUCUAGUAGUAGCCUACCGUCGUCAGCCUUGCUGUGUCAGUCGUCACUGGCACCUAUAGUAAACAGGCCUUCUAUGUCACAUAUAAGGAAUUCAGACUGGUAUGAAUUUGAAGCAAAUAUAUUUAUAUUAUUUUGUUCUACUUGUAUUUUGUCUUGAUGACCUUAAAUGUAUCCCAUCUUA